AUGCUGCCGCGCGAUGUUCCCAAGCGCACCGCCUUCUACGACCCCGUCGCCGAGCGCCAGAUGACCCAGACCGACGCCAAGCUGUUCUACCAGCGAAGCCAGCAGAGGGGAGACACGAGCAGUUGGGGCCAGUCCCAGGCCACGCCCCAGGGCAGUCCCGUCAUCUCCACCGGCCACUCGAGGAUACACGACGCUGCCUUCCACGCCGCUCAGCUGCCGCCCACCUCUCACCCGUACUCCCCAAACGUCGGCACGAGUGCCGCCUCCGUCGACCUCACUUCCCGUCCCGGUCCCGGUUCCAAGACCUCCCGUCCCCCCUUUCAGCCGGCCCGCCCGAGCUACAACACGCUGCCAAAUCUUGGUGGCUCCUUCAGCAAGCCGAUAGCCCUGGAGGGCGAGCCGGCCCCGCGUACCGCCACACGGCCCUCGCUCAGUGGCCACCAUGCUCCCGAGUCCUACGUGGCCAUGGCCCAGGAAUCCCCCCGGGGGCAUUCUUUUGACCGCCUCGAGCCCAACAUGGGCCUGCCCGACUCCGCCAGCGUUGGUAUAGGCGAUGGCUUCGCCGACUCGGAUCCCCACAUCGCCGCCGAGCUCAGCACCAUCUUCAGGAAUAUCCAGAAGAUUGUCGACAUCCGCCACCGCUACAUCAGGCUCUCUCUGCAGCGGGACGGGGACAACCCCAAGGACGAUCCCAGCUGGGAUAUCUACCCCCCACCCCCGGAGCCGGCCUGGGUCGGACCUCAUACGACGAGGGCGAACACGACAAGUAACAGCCUGAGCGGUAGCGUGGUGCUGCCUUCCAACGCGGAGAACCAUCGGCCUGCCGCAGACUUGACCGCCGCAGCCUCGGAGGCGGCGCAGAAGAAGGCGUUCAAGAAGCGAAAGCCGGGUCACGAUAUCGGCGAGGACUUCGACAUGGAUGACGUGUCUCCUCUUCCCGCAUCAAGCGAGUUCACCUUUCGGCUCGACGAGAAUGGCGUUUAUCAGGUCUACGAAAACAGCGGCGCCGAGAAGGCCAACACGCCCAUUGUCGGCGUGCCCACCAUCAAGGACUUCUACAUGGACCUCGAGACCAUUCUCACCACCUCGUCCGACGGGCCGAGCAAGAGUUUCGCCUUCAGGCGCCUGCAGUACUUGGAGGGCAAGUUCAACCUCUAUGUGCUCCUAAACGAGUACCAGGAGACCGCCGACAGCAAGAGGGUUCCGCACCGAGACUUCUACAACGUGAGAAAGGUGGACACGCACGUUCAUCACUCGGCCUGCAUGAACCAGAAGCACCUUCUGCGCUUCAUCAAGAGCAAGAUGAAGAAGUGCCCCGAUGAGCCCGUCUUGAUUCGAGACGGCAAGCUGCUCACGCUGGCAGAGGUCUUUGAGAGUAUCAACCUCACUGCCUACGACCUCAGCAUCGACACGCUGGACAUGCACGCCCACACCGACUCAUUCCACAGGUUUGACAAAUUCAACCUCAAGUACAACCCCAUCGGAGAGUCGCGUCUAAGGACCAUCUUUCUCAAGACGGACAACCACAUCAAGGGCCGUUACCUAGCCGAGAUCACCAAGGAGGUCAUUGCCGACCUGGAGUCCAGCAAGUACCAGAUGGUUGAGUGGCGCAUCUCCAUCUACGGCCGAUCACUGGACGAGUGGGACAAGCUUGCCGCCUGGGUCGUCGAUAACAAACUCUUCUCCCACAACGUCCGUUGGCUGAUCCAGAUCCCACGGCUAUACGACGUGUUCAAGGCAACCGGCGCCAUGGAGAGUUACGAACAAGUCGUCAAGAACGUCUUCCAGCCCUUGUUCGAGGUGACCAAGGACCCGGAGAGCCACCCCAAGCUCCACAUAUUCCUGCAGCGUGUCAUUGGUUUCGACAGCGUCGACGAUGAGAGCAAGGUUGAGCGGAGGUUGUUCAAGAAGUACCCGGUGCCAAAGGAAUGGGACACCAAGCAAAACCCGCCGUACAGCUAUUGGAUCUAUUAUCUGUUCGCCAACAUGACUUCGCUGAAUGUCUGGCGCCGGCACCGUGGGUUCAACACCUUUCUCCUCCGUCCGCACUGCGGCGAAGCUGGUGACAGCGAACAUCUUGCUAUUGCCCUGCUGUGCAGUCACAGUAUUAGCCACGGUCUGCUUCUCCGGAAGGUUCCAUUGCUCCAGUACAUCUUCUACUUGGAGCAGAUCGGCAUCGCCAUGUCCCCUCUGAGCAAUAACGCUCUAUUUCUCGCAUACGAGAGGAACCCGUUCCACCAGUACUUCAGGCGUGGUCUUAACGUCUCCCUAUCCACGGACGAUCCUCUGCAGUUCGCCUUCACGAAGGAGCCAUUGAUGGAAGAGUACGCCGUCGCGGCGCAGAUCUAUAAGCUGAGCCCAGUCGACAUGUGUGAGCUGGCCAAGAACUCGGUCAAGCAGAGUGGCUACGAGUUCUCGGUCAAACAGCAAUGGCUGGGAGAUAACUUUCACAUUCCUGGAAGAGAAGGGAACAGCAUGGUGAAAACCAACGUUCCCGACAGGAGGGAGGAGUUCCGUUAUCAUACUUGGGUUGAGGAACAUCAAAUGAUAUCAAGAUAUACCCAGCCAGAAAAAGCUGCCUCGAGGGAUGCUGCCCCAGAACAGCGGGCCGCGGCGCAGGUCGGCACACCAUCUACGUCCAAGGGCGUGCCUCUCCUGGAGACCAAGGUGCCCAUCCCUGCACACCACGAAAGCACCAAGACGUAUUCCAGCAGUCCUUCGCACACCACGCCGACGACCGGGGCCAAGUCUGCGCAUGAGGGCCCGGCAUCGGGGUCGCCACAGUCGGCGUCGCACCGCGAGCCUCACGCUCAGUGGUCAGCGGAUGGGUUUAGGGAGACCCACCUGUCCGGGCACGAGCCGAGAUACUUCCCGGGAAUGAUGGCGCGGGCGUCACGGCGCGAUAGUAUGCGUCAGGGCUCGAUGCAUGAUUCGGACGAUGUCGCCUCGACGCGCAGCGCGCCUAAGCGGAGCGGUGCCCGAGAGGAACCGUCCUAG